AUGAGUGGAGACGCUGCGAAACACCGUUAACAUCCUUGAAAAGACGAACUUGGACUUGUUACAAGUUUAUUGAAGUCAGUUUCAUUGACUUGCAGCCCAUCCGGUUACUGGGGUCGCCCCAAUGAUCUGCGUACUUCUAGUCGCCGGACAUGGGACACUGUUGGAGAGCGAGAUCAAGAAUGAAGCCACAGGCCUCUACAGCCACUUAGUUGGGAUCCCAAAGGCUCUGUUACCGGGAAUCGGUGGAAAGAAGAUUCUGGAUUUCUGGUGGGAAGUUGUGAACAUGCGCCAACUCUUCAAUGAAGUCUACCUCGUCACAAAUGCAGACAAGUACAAAUACUAUGAGCGAUGGGCAACUGCCAGUGAUUUUCCCGUGGAAAACAUUAUCAAUGAUGGUUCGACGACCAGCAGAACGCAAUUGGGUGCAGUGGCUGACUUGGAGUUGGUGGUCAGGAGUAAGAGGUUCAAUGAUGAUGUCAUGGUGGUUGCUGGGGAUAUGUUGUGUGAAGAUCUGAACUUUGAUAUAGCUGAAGUUCUCAAGUUCUUUAAGUUUAAGAAGGGUGAACUGGCCAUUUACUAUGAAAUGGAAGAAGGAGAGAGGACUGAAUCUCGGGGAAUAGUUGAGGUGUGCCCCUCUACACACAGCAGCGGAUAUUUAAGAUUGUUUUCUUUCAGAAUCACCAAGUUCUAUGAGAAGCCCUCUGCAGAUGUCACAGAAUCAAGGCUUGCGAGUGUCGUCUUUUAUUGUUUCCAAAGCAAGACACUGCUGACUCUGGGGGAAUAUUUGAAGCAUUAUCCUCUGGUGGAGGAUCGAGGACUUGGGAAAUACAUGGAAUGGCUCAUCAACAAGGCUAGAAUCACAGUGUUUGGAAUGAAGCUACCUACUGGAUUCCAGCUCAUUGGGCAAGUGGAUCUCUCUGAAUACAAGAAGUGGCUGGCGCGUUACUCUUCAAAGCAACAUGGUUCUGCUGCCAAAUCAAUCACAUGUCGUUCCUACGCUAGGGUAGGAAUUAUGGGAAAUCCAUCAGAUGGCUUCUAUGGGAAAACCAUUGCCAUGACGAUAUCCAACUUCUGGGCUGAUGUGACGAUCUGCGAAAGCAAAAAAGUUGUGCUGAUACCCCAUCCUCUCAAUGAUCCCACAGAGUUUGGUAGCCUGCAAGAUUUACAUGGGAUCAGUCGGAAGGAAGGGUAUUUGGGUGGCCUGAGGUUACUACAAGCAACCUGUAAGAAAUUCUACCAAUUCUGCUCUGAGCAAGGAAUUGCCUUGGCCAAAAGGAAUUUCACUCUGAAAUAUGACACUAAUAUACCACGGCAGGUGGGCCUUGCUGGAAGCAGUGCUAUUGUGUCAGCCACACUUAAAUGCUUGAUGAAGUUCUAUGACUUAAUUGAUGAUGAUUUACCCAAGCCAAUCAGGGCAAACUUUAUUCUGAAUGUAGAGACCGAAGAGUUAGUUAUUACCGCAGGACUUCAGGAUCGAGUUGUCCAGGUUUAUGAGGGACUUGUUUACAUGGAUUUCAGCAAGGAACUGAUGGAGAAACAGGGUUAUGGAAGCUAUAUUACCAUGGAUAUAAGCAGUUCACCACACUUCUGGCUUGCUUAUAUGAGAGAUCCAAGUGAUUCUGGAAAAAUUCACAGUAAUGUGAGACAGCAAUGGCUCAAUGGUGAUUCUGAUGUUGUGGCAGCAAUGAAAACCUUUGCAGAACUCACUGACCUGGCUAAGGUAGCCAUGGAGUCCAGGAAUUGGCAUGACCUUUCUGAGCUGAUGAACAAAAAUUUUGAGCUACGAAGGUCGAUAUACACAGAUGCUUGUCUGGGUCAAGGAAAUUUGAAGAUGGUGCAACUUGGCAGAAAGUUUGGCUCUGCGGUAAAGCUUCCUGGCAGUGGAGGAGCAGUGAUUGGUCUCUGUCUAGAUUCUGACAACCUGGUCGAGUUAAAGAAAGCUUUCCAGGAAGCUGGGUUUGUCAUCUGUGAUGUUGUUCCAUAUGGCCCUUGACUUUCAGUCAAGAAAUGACUGAUGAGAAUUUUAUGGUAGCAUUAAUCUUAAAGAGUAAUUUAGUAGAAAAGUAAGUUUAAAUGAACAAAUGCAAUAAUAUAAUGAUUCCCUCAGGCUUGACUUAGAAAACUGAAGAAAGCUACUGCAAUUGGUACAAUUUUUAAAAAAUGCUAUUAGUUUAGUAUUCUGGAAAAUAUCUUAUUUUACACUCAUCACUGCCUGAUGCUGGUGUCGAGUAAUGUUCAGACAACUGAGAGAUGCAACAAACAUACGCCAUGAUAAGACCAUUGGAGCUCUGACUGUAACCUGUAUACAAUUCUCCAAUUCCAUAAAAUCUUAUGGCAAUCCACCAGCCUGAUGAAUUUUAGAAGGUACGUUAUAUUAAUCUGUCUCAUAUUUUAAAUACACUACUACAGCAUACAGACAAUAAUGGAUAAUGAGAUCAAGUUACAGAGUUAAAAUCUAAUGCACUUUAGAUGACGUUAUCAACUGCAAUUAUAUUUAAAAUACUGUUUAUGUCAGUGACAACUUCUUGGCACCCAUAGUUCUCAAGCCUGGCUGUGGUCAGAAAGGAUAUUAAUUCCCCUGUGAUAUCACCAUUGUAAAGUUGCCUUUUAAAAGUGACUUUGAAGUUGGCUGCUGCCACUUGCUGUCUUCACUAUACAUUUAGUACGGGAUCGCGCACCAUUGAACUUACUGUAGUUCCUUCAGAAGUGCCAACACUAUUCUCCCUGAGCACGACAGAUGUGAAUGAUUUAUGCUGGUACUAUCCAAUUAUUUUGCUGCUAAUAACAGAGUUGAGUAUUACUUGCUAAUCUUAAAUGCCAAAUACAAAGAUAGAGGCUGCAGUUAGUCAUGUAGUCAUUUAAAAAGAGCUGCAACAGGUCUCAAAUUUGGUAGUUUAUAAUGACUAGUAAAAACGUUAGCAAAAAAGGGAUCGUUGAAGAGGACUUGUCAAGAUAAAUGCUGAGAGGUGCUUCCGUUAGCUCAAGAGUCUAGAACUGGUCAUAGUAUCAGGUUGGCCACUUAAAACUGAGAUGAAGUGAAAUUUCUUCACUCAGAUAGUUGGGAAUCUUUGGAAUUUUAUAUCCCACAGGGCUCUGAAUGCUCAGUUGUUGAGCAUAUUCAAAACCGAGCUUGAUAGCUUUUGAGGAUCCAGGGAUGGGGGUAAAAGUGGAAUUGAGGUGGAAAAUCAUCCAUUAUCUUCAUGGAGCAGGUUUGAGGGGGUGUAUAGCCUAUUCCUUGUAAUUCUUAUGUUCAGUAAAAAUCUGUACCUGUCACUGACAAAAAUCAGUUGAAAAUUUCUUUAGCAUUGAGGCACAGCACAUCUUAUGCUGCAACCAGUAGCUUCUGUAAGUAAGAUAAUGCUUACAUUAAUAGGAAGUUAGAUAUGAUGUAUGUUUUCCAAGCUACUUUAUUAAAUUUUUGCAUGCCUGCAAAGCAUAGUUCUGACACAGAAGUACUGGUUUUGUAAAGGAACUAUGCACAGCCCCCAAUCAGAGCGAUGCUGCUGGCUCCUACUGGCAAGCGCUACAUGUACAUAGGAAUGUUCCAGUCUAUGUUUGUGGAGUCCAUCUCCAAUCAAAUGAUUCCCAACACUACAGACCAGAUUCUAGGUGCAUUCUUCUCAGGGGAAGGAAAAUCGAAGGAUGAGUUGUUGGCUAUUUUUCUCUGCCCAUUUAAGGGGUGCUUUGAUGAAGGACUGGGAAGAGGCUGAUUGGCUUCUUGGAUUUGGAAAAAGAUUGGCAUAGCAAAAUAAAGGGAGAAAAUGAUUUCACAUCAAAAAUGUCCAACUGCCAAGCACUCUGAAAUGUAGCAAUUGAGAGGAAAGAGAAAUGUGUUUAAAUCACAUGCAUUUUAAAAUGAAGUUUCAUCCAUAUCUUACUGAUUCUGACCAUCUGUUUUCUGAUAGCCCUUUAACAAUCGAUUUAAGAGCACUAGCUUUAAACAAAAUAUCUCCAUAUGAUAUUAAGAUUCCCCUUCCCAGGAUAAUAUACUGAGUUAUACAGAAAGUAGCAGAGAAAUUAAAAGGUAGUAACAUAAUGGCCCAAAUUUUGAGGUCACUGGUGAAGUAUAAAGCAGGAAGUAUAAAAUGGAUUUAAAUCAUGCACAGAAAAUGAAAUAAAAAUUAGGAAAGACAGAUUUGAUUAAAGAUGCAGGCAGAAAAGUAAUUUAAAAAAAAAUCUCCAACACUGUUAAACGUCUGAAGGAAUGAAACCCCACACUCAUAAAAUUACAUUUUCAGGGCCAGAGAGAUGAUUUUGAAGCAAUUAUCACUUAUCGUGCUGUUAAAAAUUCACUUAACGCUCAGUACGCCAGCCCUAACUUGUCUAGGCAUGUUUAGUGGGAAAAUAGCGGUAACUACCCCAACUUCAUGCCGUUGCAUUGAUCUCAGUGCCAAGUCUCUGGGCAACAACUGUUACAGUUUACCUUGUGGAGGAACAAGGUGCUUCUGACAGCAGCUUCUGGAUUUCCGCAUUCUUGAUUUGCACGUGCGCAUACAACAGAAAUUGCUGUUGAUUUACCCUAUAGUAACGUUAAGUGCUGACUGCCUCACAGUUAGCAUUAAUGUAAAGUCCAGGCUAAUGAGGUUGAGAUGACAGUGGCAAAGGUUAGGAACCACUUCUAGGCCUCUGGUUUGCAAAUAUAGGAGGUAAAUGUUUUAUUCUUCUUUAAGAUGAAUAAUUACAGCAGUAUUUCAAAUUGGUGUUGAUUUACUUUUGAUUUCUACUGCAAGUACAUUGUAACCGUUCAUGUGAAGAUGUAAAUUCAUUAAUUGCCUCCUUUAGACCAGGCCAAGACUAUGAAAAUUAAUUCAAGAGUGGGAAGUAGUCCAAUUUGAGUUUGAAAUUCAGGUUCCAGUCAGGAUUCCAAAUGUGUUAUCCAGCGGGUACUCCGCCAUUGUACCGAUGGGACAUCAAGCUUUUCUAAAGUUUCAGCUACUGUUUUCUUCAUGUACGUGGCAAUCAAAAUUUUCUAGCAUAUUUCAGAAGUUGUUGCUGCUGUGGCACUUGCUAAAAUAAUCCAGGGCUGCUGCCACCCUGGGACUCUCAUCCUCCACAAUCAUGAUUCCUAUACCCUCGCCACCUACCCCACCCCAACCCCUAAGCAACUUGCUUAGCUGCUAGCAGCUUCUGCCUAAUUUUCAGACUUCAACACAUGAAGCUGCGUCACAAAGUAUGUCUGACACUUGGCAGCUCGCCUGAUGAAUUUAAAUGGCAAAAUCAUUGUGGGCCUCUUUGACAUGGGAAUAAAUGUUCGAUUGCCCACAUGUCAAAAUCAACAACCUCCACAGAAUUGUGGAUUUUCACAUUUAUGAAAGAGUUCCAAUAAUACAUUGAUAAUACUGUGAUAUUAUGUGCUUAUAGCUCUCAUAUAUGAUCUUAAUAAUGUGAGAUAGGGUGAGUUGCACAUCUUUAUUUUAUGGUACAUGUUCUCUUAUGAAUCACUAUAUCUGGUACAGUUAUGUUGAGGUGCUCGUUGAUGAAUGUGCUUUUCUAUGAUGGAUUUAAGUGUAAUUUUUAAUUAUUGAACGGAAAUAAAAACAUUAAGAUUUUUUACAUGUCAAA